AUGAAUCGUAUUCAGCGUUGCUUUAAGUCCCUGUCCUCCGCUGGCUUCAUUCGGAUCCUGGAUGAUCAUCAACUGGAACUGUUUUCACAUGGGAUAGCUUACUCUAAACUUCUUCAGCAGCAAUGGUUAAAUCUGCGUCCACUAGCCGCACAUCUUGGGAGCACCCACAAAUCUAGUUCAGACUCCAACCCACAUCGUUUUGCCUUUACUCGCAGCCCACAGUUUCUUACCAAUUUUAAGAAGCUUCUUGAAGACCAUCCCAGAAAGGCUAAAUGCCCUACAUUGAUCAAACAUCAACAGAGUUCGUGUGUCCUCAACGAUAAUUCCCUGUUUAGAGUUAAGUCGCCGGGUACGGUGUUAACCACAGACUUCCUGGUAGAACCCUACCGCGCCCUGGAACACUUCUACAACAUGCAACGCGAGAGCAAGAUCUGGUGGAUGCGGCUCUCUUCGGACCCCAGUAGGUUUAGCAUUGUGCCCUGCCAUUUGCCAGAUGAGCUCGACUCUAAAUCGUAUCAGGCCAUUGAUAUCACAUCCAAAUAUGGAGAAGCGGGCGAAGUUAUCGUGGAGAAACUGAGUCUCGUUAAGAUGGAAGACAAUGAAGGGUUCAUUUUGCCCGAUGCGCGAACUGGCGAGCGAGUUAUCCCAACGGUGAUACGAUCUACGAUUGAUCUGGAAACGGCUACCAUUGCAUUGCUCUUGGAUGGCUGCGAUCAUAGGCGAGAAACUCAAUCUCUGUUACUAAACCGUAUUCUGGCACCUUAUCAGUGCGGAAUUGCCUGCCUUGAUGAGGAUUCAAGUCUAUCGGAUGACUUGAGGGAUCUAUGCCUGCACUUGACGAACGUAAUCAGCCAAAGCGGGCUCCGCCUCUGCCAAGGAAGUGACUUUGAAUUAACAAAAGAGUCUUCAAAGCUUCGAUCAGAUUACCUGACAGAAUCGGAUAAGCUAGGAGUGCCUUAUACCUUAAUGUUAAGCAACAAAACAUUAAAAAAUGGAUUGCUGCAGCUGCGCAGCCGGGACACGAUGAUAGCGGAAACAAUACACAUAAGCGAUGUACCAGACUAUUUAUUGAAUAUAUUCAGAAAAGAUUAAA